UAAUGGAGGGUGUUACAACCCUGCAGGCUUCUAUAGGAAUAAGGGGAGCAACAACUGCUGAUGUGAUGGCAAGCGAGGAUAUUUAUUAUUUAAUGUAUCGUCAACUUAAAGGUACAAAUAUACAAGCUGGGAAGGGAUGCGGGUGGCGCCAAUCAUAAAACAAACUAAACAAAAUGUACUUCCUUCCUAACCCAUAGAAUCUCCCCUGGCUCACUACAGCAGAAUGGAAAGACACAAAAGUAAUACACUGGCUGGGUGCACUAAUCUUGCCUGUCAAAUUGAUCAAGUCUAAUUGGCAAAGGGAAAAAGACUGACCAACAAUUUAACAAUGAAAUACGAUAUUAGAGAGAGUAACAACAGGGUUGCUGAUAAAAAAAAAUAAAAAUAGUGGCUAAAAAUAACAGGAUGUAUCUUUGACCUUCAUUCUAGCUUCAUGCGGACAGUUGCUGUAAACACAGCUCUGUUUUCUGUAAUGACCAGUCUGGUGAGCUAAUAUUUAGCUUUGACUUUGCUUAGCUGCACUCCAUUGUCAAUUUUCAGCAGCAAUUUAUUCAUCUUUAUAAAUAUAAAUUGAUGCAUUUGAAUAAAUCAAAAAAGAGACCAAGAGAGAAAAGAGGAGAAGGUGCAUGAUACGAGAGAAGUGGAAAAUGAAUCUCCUUUUAUAAAGCUUCUGUGUAUACCAAGAUAAGUGGUUAGUGUCAAUCUUUCCUUUUAGCUUAGAAAUAUACUGUGCUUUGUGUUUAGUAUGACAUAUGUUAUACUAAAAAUGCAUGUCACAAUCAUAAAACACCAUUAUCCUCAUCAUCAUCAUCAUCUUUAUCCUGACCUUCACUGUCAUUAUUAUUGUUUGUUAGACAGUAUGUAUAUAACAUACGGAUGGUGAGUGUACAAGAUGGACAGCUGAGCGAUGAGGAAAUGGACUAAUGAGGCAACUUUCACCCUCGUUACCGCGUCUGAUUGGGCUUCUGGAGAGACAGUAGAAGCGUGUGUUCUACCUGCGCUCCCCGUCGGCAGCUGGUAAACACGUAUCUGUGAUGCUGUUGGCAGCAACUGUGUGGAAAUAAUUUAAUGUGGCGCUCGUUGUGCGUGACUGUGUAAAAGCUGUGGAAUAUGUGGCUAAUUUACAGGACCAAACACACCCUGCGGUGCAAACACUUAUUCUCUUAUGGUGUUCCCAUAUUCCAAGAUGACAGUGGCGUCACCAUUACACUUACACAAAUUAAAGGCAGCGUGAUUCCAUGGAGAAAAAAAAAGAAAAAAGGAGGCUUUCCUUCUUGAAGUGUCGGUCUCGACAUGACAGGAUGCUGCAUGAAAGAAAUCCAUAUUUACCACUCUAUAUUACAGUCUUGAUCUUCACAUGUUUGGAUGUGAUUCCAUUAUAUACUCUCAACCUUCAUCACUAAAUGUGAUGACACAUAAUUGAAGAAUAUACUUUUGGAAAAACAAAACAAAACAAACAUAUACAUAAUAUAAAACAAACACAACAGAAUAAAAAGAAAACUUGUUAUUAUUAGUUUCAUACAAAGCCAAUGAAAGUUGAUCUGCUUUCACUAGAAUAAACAUUGCUCUGCCUCUCAUGUUAAGAAGUUGUAACUCCUGGCCACCAGGGGGAGUCUUCUCUCAGGAUGACCCCUGUGCUUCCUGUAUUUGUAGAGGACAAUGAAGAAUUCAAUAGGUGUUGUGAGUAAGCUAAUAUGUGGAACAUGUGGCCACUGCUGCAGUUCCCUGAGAGCUAUUCAUCAUUAACCUGCCUGCAAUCCUGUCUGAAAAGAAGAGUAUGUCGCAACCUUCAAAGGAUCUGAGUUCUUCUGCUACGAUUUGUCCUUGAACCCCAUUCAAAGCAGCAGUGAUGAAAUCACAUUGUCAUUCAAAACCCUACAGAGGAAUGGACUGAUGCUGCACACGGGCAAAUCGGCUGAUUACGUCAACCUGGCACUGAAAAAUGGGGCUGUCUCACUCGUCAUUAAUUUGGGGUCUGGAGCCUUUGAAGCUCUUGUGGAGCCAGUCAAUGGGAAAUUUAAUGACAAUGAUUGGCAUGAUGUCAAAGUAACAAGGAAUCUACGUCAGCACUCAGGCAUUGGACACGCUAUGGUAACAAUAUCCGUGGAUGGGAUUCUGACCACCACAGGAUAUACACAAGAAGACUACACCAUGCUAGGCUCUGACGACUUUUUCUAUGUUGGAGGGAGUCCUAGCACAGCUGACCUGCCUGGAUCUCCAGUUAGCAACAACUUCAUGGGCUGCCUCAAGGAGGUUGUGUACAAAAACAAUGACGUGAGACUCGAGCUGUCCAGGCUGGCCAGGCAGGGUGAUCCCAAGAUGAAGAUCCAUGGUACUGUGGCCUUCAAGUGUGAGAACGUGGCCACUCUGGACCCCAUCACAUUCGAGACGCCAGAGUCUUAUAUCAUGCUCAACAAGUGGAACGCCAAGAAGACGGGCUCCAUCUCCUUUGACUUCCGCACCACAGAGCCCAACGGCCUUCUCCUCUUCAGCCAUGGCAAGCCCAAGCAGCAGCCGAAGGAUUCAAAGAGUCCCCAGACUCUCAAGGUGGACUUCUUUGCCAUUGAGAUGCUGGAUGGCCAUCUGUACCUGCUGCUGGACAUGGGCUCAGGAACCACAAAGACCAAGGCGGUCAAUAAGAAAGUCAAUGAUGGCGAGUGGUACCAUGUGGACUUCCAGCGAGAUGGCAGAUCAGGUACCAUCUCUAUCAACACCCUCCGUACUGCCUACACAGCCCCUGGAGAAAGUGAGAUCCUAGACUUGGAUGACAAUCUCUACCUCGGGGGUCUGCCAGAGAACAAAAUGGGACUGGUGUUCCCCACUGAGGUGUGGACAGCACUGCUCAACUACGGCUACGUGGGCUGCAUCCGGGAUCUAUUCAUUGACGGACAGAGUAAGGAUGUCCGGCGCCUGGCCGAGAUCCAGAAGGCUGCCGGGGUGAAGCCCUCGUGCUCCAAGGAGCCUCCAAAACAGUGUCUGAGCAACCCCUGCCAGAACAAUGGGAUCUGUAGAGAGGGCUGGAACCGCUAUGUGUGCGACUGCUCUGGGACUGGAUACCUGGGGCGCUCCUGCGAAAGAGAGGCGACCAUCCUCAGCUAUGAUGGCAGUAAGUUCAUGAAGGUCCAGCUGCCCGUGGUGAUGCACACAGAAGCUGAGGAUGUGUCCCUGCGCUUCCGCUCCCAGCGAGCCUAUGGCAUCCUAAUAGCCACCACAUCUCGGGACUCGGCUGACAGCCUCCGUCUCGAGCUGGAGAGCGGCCGCGUGCGCCUGACUGUCAAUUUAGAUUGUAUCAGGAUUAACUGUACCUCCAGUAAAGGUCCAGAGACUAUUUUUGCGGGUCAGAAUCUGAACGAUAAUGAGUGGCACACAGUGCGUGUGUUCAGGAGGGGCAAGAGUUUGAAACUGACCGUAGAUGAUCUGCUGCCUGUAGAAGGUCAAAUGGCGGGCGACCACACCCAGCUGGAGUUCCAUAACAUUGAGACGGGCAUUGUGACAGAGAAGCGCUUCUUGUCCAUGGUGCCGUCCAACUUCAUCGGCCACCUCCAGAGCCUCGCCUUCAAUGGCAUGGCCUACAUAGACCUCUGUAAAAACGGUGACAUUGACUACUGUGAGCUCAAUGCCAUGAUUGGCUUCAAGAACAUCAUCGCCGACCCCGUCACCUUCAAGUCGCGCUCCAGCUACGUGACCCUCACCACCUUGCAGGCCUACUACUCCAUGCACCUUUUCUUCCAGUUCAAAACCACCUCCUCCGACGGGCUCAUCCUUUACAACAGCGGGGAUGGGAACGACUUCAUCGUGGUGGAGCUGGUCAAAGGUUACCUGCACUAUGUUUCUGACCUGGGCAACGGAGCCCACCUGAUCAAAGGCAACUCCAACAAACCCCUGAACGACAACCACUGGCACAAUGUCAUAAUCUCCAGAGACACCAACAACCUCCACACUGUCAAGAUUGAUACCAAGGUCACCACGCAGACGACCACAGGAGCCAAAAACCUGGACCUGAAGGGUAACCUUUACAUUGGUGGGGUGGCUAAAGAGAUGUACAAGGAUCUGCCCAAGCUGGUGCAUGCCAAGGAGGGUUUCCAAGGUUGUCUGGCAUCAGUGGAUCUGAACGGGCGGCUCCCAGACUUGAUGUCAGAUGCUCUGGAUUGUGUUGGACAGAUAGAGAGAGGAUGCGAAGGCCCCAGCACUACAUGCCAAGAGGACUCGUGUGCCAACCAGGGUGUGUGCCUUCAGCAGUGGGAGGGCUUCAGCUGUGACUGCAGCAUGACGACAUUUGGAGGACCACUGUGUAAUGACGCGGGAACAACGUACAUAUUUGGGCGAGAUGGUGGACUGAUCACAUACACGUGGCCGCCAAAUGACCGUCCCAGCACGAGGGCAGACCGGCUAGCCAUUGGUUUCAGCACGCACCUGAAGGAUGCUGUCCUGGUGAGGGUGGAUAGCUCCUCUGGUCUCGGAGACUUCUUGAAGCUCCACAUCGAAAAAGGGAACAUUGCCGUUGUAUUUAAUGUCGGAACAGAUGACAUUAACAUUGAGGAGACAUCAAAGUUUGUAAAUGACGGAAAGUACCAUAUAGUGAAGUUUACGAGGAGUGGGGGUAAUGCCACUCUGCAGGUGGAUGACCUGCCAGUCAUUGAGCGCUACCCCACAGGCAACAAUGAUAACGAACGCCUGGCGAUUGCUAGACAGCGAAUCCCAUACCGACUUGGUCGAGUAGUUGACGAAUGGCUACUCGACAAAGGGCGGCAGCUUACAAUCUUCAACAGCCAAACCACUAUACAGAUUGGGGGCUGGGAGCGAGACCGAAGUCGAUCCUUUCAGGGCCAGCUUUCGGGCCUCUACUAUAAUGGCUUGAAGGUGUUCAACAUGGCCGCCGAGGGGGAUCCCAACAUAAAGAUCCAAGGCAGCGUGCGGCUUGUGGGGGAGUCGCCCUCCUCUAUCACACCGCAGUCGAGCACCACGGCCAAUCGCUCGGAGACGUCCACGUCCAUCAUGGAGAUCACCACCACCACGGCGUCCAGCAGGCGAGUCAAGCAGACUACACCACGAGAGCCUCAGCAGACAACCGACGACUUGCUGGUGGCAUCAGCUGAGUGUCCGAGCGAUGAUGAGGACAUUGAUCCCUGUGAGCCGAGCUCAGGUGGGUUAGCCAAUCCCACCGGUUCUGGACCGAAAGGAUAUCCAGGCACAUCGGAGGUCUUCAGGGAGUCCAGCAGCACAACAGGGAUGGUGGUUGGCAUCGUAGCAGCAGCGGCGCUGUGUAUUCUGAUCCUGCUCUACGCCAUGUACAAGUACCGGAACAGAGACGAAGGUUCGUAUCACGUAGACGAGAGCCGCAACUACAUCAGCAACUCGGCACAGUCCAACGGCACCGUAGUCAAAGAGAAACCAGUCAACACUGCAAAGACCUCAAGCAAGAACAAGAAGAACAAGGACAAGGAGUACUAUGUGUGAUUGUCAAACCUCUGGUCUUUGCCAGACCAACUUAGACAUUUAUCGAAAAGACAAAUCAGGACAUCAACAAGUGUACAGUAUAAUAACAAAGAUGAACAUUAUUUAGUCAUUUUUCCUAAAAAGACAAUGCUCUGAAAAGUAAAUAUGAAAAAUGAAAAAAUAACUUUCUUGAGACUCAAGCAUUGGAGAUAAAAAGAAAAGAUAUACAGUCUAGAAAGAGAGUGAUGGAAAAAUGGCUCUGGCAACCAGUUGAAAAUGAACUGAGUACAUAUCUAACAUGUCAACCAAACAACAUUAACCCAUCUGUGACUUGUUUCCUCGGCCAGGACUAUGUGAUCUAACUCCCUUGUUUCUGGUAAACAGAGGAGCACAGACGCACUUUGCAAAGAGGGGUUCAGCAUUGCAAACUUAAUGUUUUCAUUUACAUUGCCUGUGUUUGUGUUGUUGAGACUUUUUCUAGAGAAAAUGACACAAAGCAUUAAAUAAAUACAUACAUAAAUACGCCAAAUAUUUACUGUGGAGGAACAGAAAAAAAAAAAUCAGGUGAUGGCGAAUUCAGAGAGAAAAAAACCCCUGAUGGAUGUCCGCGGGAUCAGCCGAAGUACUCACUGAAGAGGCAGUGAUGGCGGGCAAAGACUAACAUCUGGCUGACUGAGCCACCGCAGUGCAAAGAUGUGAAUGGAUGGCAGUUUCUCUUGAAAGACUAUGGUUAAAAAGAAGAAUAUGUCCAUUGUGCCAGUAUGAAAUCUGGAGGCCUUCGUUUUCACGUCAUGUGAACUCAAAGGAGAGAGUUUCCUCACAGGGCUGAGGACGUCUCAACAGUGAUCAUUCGGGAGCCAUGCACGCAAAAUUAUCUUAUUACAGUACAUAUGUUUAUAUACAGUACAACCACAUCUAUAUGUGCUUUCUGGACUGUGACAAGUGGUGUUUUAUAGCCUGUUGUAUAGAUGAUGCAAACUAUAACUGCUCCUCAACCAUUUUGGAAUAAAACAACAAAAAAAAAAAUGGACAAAAAGAAGACAUAAGUGUUAUUAAGUGUUGCUAGACAUAGAAGAUUUUAUGACAACAUCUGCAUUUUUUUUUUUUCAGUUGGAUAAUUAUUUGACUCUCCCCCUGUUUUUACAUGUGUUCCUAUAUAGUUUUUUAUACAAAUGCCAACCAGAGAUACAUGAUCCCGGACCAGUAGUAGCCAAACCGUUCCCAAAAACUGCACAAGGUGUUAAAAGUGGAGAGGCGUGGCAUGAAGACUUGUGUGGAUCUUUCAAGGAUACUGGUAGAAUCACUGCCUUCCUCCUGACUUACGUGAGUGAGAAUGAAGACCGAGAAUAUGAGUGAUGAUGAUGAUGGAUGAUGACAGUGAUUAAGAUAAAUUAACUUGCUGUGUGUGUUUCCAAGUGGUAUUAUAAGAUUGUCCAAUGUGUGCUUGGGCUGAUGCAAACCCCACCCACCCACCCCCCGCCCCCACCCGGGAGAAUAGCUCAAAUACGUCUCCAUUUCAGCUGUUCUGUGUUUGUUCUGUCAUUCUGUCCGUCAAUUCUGCUUUCCAGAGACCUGUACUUGGAAUGAGUGUGAGGAAAAUGACCAUGAACUAUAAAUGAUGAUUAUAAA